AUGCCUCCCACCCCCCUCCUCCACCGCAAACUCGACACUCUCUACCUCGCUUUCAUCACCAUCCACCUCAUCAACAUCCUCUGCGUCGACAUGGUACCCCUCUACCCUCCCGCCUGGACGCCAAAAGCGUUGCUCGACCUGCGGGCCUAUUACAUCAAAACCUACGACGACCGCUACUUCACCGCCCCAACAGCCUGGUUCAUGUUCUACACCUACAUCGAGGUCAUCUAUCACCUCCCCUUCACGAUCUGGGCGAUUCCCGCCAUCCUUCGCGAUGACCCCCUCGUCCCUCUCCAUCUCUUCAUCUUCGCCCUCGAAGUCAGCCUCACAACCGCAACCUGCAUAGCCGACACCUUGAGCUGGGAAGAUUUUCCCUACGACAAGAAAUUCGACUUGAUGACGUUGUAUGGGCCGUAUUUGGUGUUGUCGAUGAUCAUGGGCGUAGACAUGUUCUUCCGCUUGAGCAAGAUUCUCACCCCGUCGAACGGCAAAGCGAAGAGGUCUUGA